UAGGGUUGGACAGGUUAGAGGUCGGGGUCUAGGUAUAGGACAAGACAAGGCCCUGCAAGGAAAAAAAUUGAUCCUAGGUGCAUCUGUUCAAAAAGCUUACCCAAAAGCCACGUCACAUGAGGAGGGUGUCAACUAUAAAACCACAAGGCAUCCAUGGAGAACAUCUCACGAGUUUUUACCACCGGCUGCACAGUGUUCCUCAGUCAUCCCCUCUUCCCAAAACCCUCAGAAGUAGCACCAUGUGUGACACCGAAGAGUUUGUGGAGGACUUUGAGGAGGAGGUGAACGAGGAGGAAGCUGAGGAAGAGGAGGAGGUUAAAGAAGAGGCUGAGGAGGAAGAAGAAGCUGAGGAAGAAGAAGAGGAAGAAGCGAAGGAGGAAGAAGAACCUGAAGAGACUCAUGAAGAAGCAGACGAUGAGCAUGAAGCAGAAGAGGACACCAAACCCAAACCCAAGAUGUUUGUUCCCAACAUUAUACCACCAAAGUUGCCUGAUGGAGAGAAGGUGGAUUUUGAUGACCUCCACCGGAAGCGUGUGGAGAAGGAUUUUAAUGAACUGCAAAGCCUGAUUGACCUGCACUUCACCACCAGGCAGAAGGAGGAGGAUGAGCUGGUAGCGCUGAAGAAUCGAAUCGAGCGUCGUCGGACCGACCGUGCUGAUCAGCAGCGGAUCAGAACCGAGCGAGACCGUGAAAGACAAGCGCGCCUCGCUGAAGAACGAGCCCGUCGUGAAGAGGAGGCCGCCAAAUUGCGUGCCGAGGAAGAUGCCAGGAAAAAGAAGAUCCUUUCCAACAAGGGCUACGGCGGCUUCCUGCAGAAGGUGGAUCAGAAGAAAGGAAAGAAGCUGACCGAACGUGAGAAGAAGACCAAAUGUCUGAUAGAGCGUCGCAAGCCAUUGAACAUCGAUCAUCUCAACCAGGAGAAGCUGGGAGAGAAAGCCCUCGACCUGUGGAAGUGGCUCAAUCAGCUCCACGCUGAGAAGUUUGAGCUGGGAGAGAAGCUAAAGUCACAGAAGUAUGAGGUCAAGGUUUUGAGGAACAGAGUAAGUGACCAUCAAAAGGGAACCAAGGUUGCAAAAACCACCAGGAAGUCCUGGAAGUAAAUGAGUCAGAUUAACACACAAAAAAAGAGCCAAACAGUCUUGCUUUGAACUUUUCAAGGACAACAUUUUUCAUUUUCUGAUUAAUGUUCAUUCAUUUCUCAUUGUGCUGUAGGACUACUGUAUGUGUAAUCAGUUUUAAUUGGGAAAACCGUUUUGUUGCAUGCAAGUCUCAAGCUCAUUCUUUAAACAUAUGAAAUGCUUUUAUGUCCACAAGAUUUACAUUAUGCAGAAAUGCAGAUUAUUUUCUAAUAUUUAAAUGUAUGACUUUCUUUUUCUUUCACCCUUUGCUUAAUAAUUGUAUAUUCAUUUCACAUUGUGCUGUAGGACUACUGUAUGUGUAAUCAGUUUUAAUUGGGAAAACUGUUUAGUUGCAUGCAAGUCAUUCUGUAAACAUUAAAAAAAACUUUUUUGUUCACAAGAUUUACAUUUUACAGUAGAAAUGCGGUUUAUUUUCUAUUAUUUGAAUGUGACUUUCUUUUUCUUUCAAACUUUGCUCAUUAAUACAAGUGCUGACAAAUAUAUUGAACUAAAGCAGUUGUUUCAUUUUAGAAAUUAUGCAUUAUGUAUUGACAUCACCAAGACCACUUUUAAGGUGUGAAAGUAAAUAAAUAAAAACAGAAAGGGAAAUAAAAAAGGUCUUUAUUGUAACAAACUUAAGGCACAAUAAAGUUUAGUAGUGGCAAUGUUUUUAAUACAUACUGUGCUUAAAU